AUGGACACUUCGCGUCAGAGCCCAACCGUUCCUGCCGCCCCCUUGGGUCCUGAGCUUUCAGGUGAGCCAGCAGCAGCCACAAACACAGCCCCUUCCACUUCCAGGGCCACUCCCUCAGCUUCAUCACCGGGGACCGAUAUUCCUAGGGAGGGCAUGCGUCUGAUCCGUCUUGCGGACGCUAAGGUAAACAAAUUGGUGAAUGAGCUGCCUGGGUUCAUCAAGGAUGCCAUUGAGCUAGCAUUGGCUCCACAGGCUGCAGCCCUUGAAGAGGCCCGUGCAGCGAGUCGGGAGUUUGAUCCAUCCCACAUUGGCCCUAUCUUACCCUCAGCGGCAGAACUUUUCUCCAAAAAGCCCGCUGAGCCGCAGGAUGACAUUGCUUCCGAGGAGGCUGAAGAAGAGGCAGAAGAAGAAGAUGAGGGUGAGUAUGAGGAUGAUGAUGAGAAUCAGAGGUUGGAUAGAGCUCGCAAGGAAGCCUUGGCGGCUGGAGUUGAUCGAGAAGAUGUAGACACCAUGGUGGGGGUACAGAGGUCAAUAGAGGAGCAACUUGGGACCGUAGGCACAGACGAUGAUCCCACACAGUCCAGUGGGAUUGGCACCUCCGACCCCAUUCAGGAGACUUUGACCGGAUCGCCUAACCUCAUACCACCAUUGGAAAUAAUCCCGGCUUUCCCGAUUCAUGCUCCUCCGGCUGAUCGUCCGGACGCUUAA